AUGAGCACGGAGACCCCAAAGACGCUGGCUGUGGAGAAAGUGAAAUUCUUCUGUGGGCACCGGCACCGUAGGGAGGUAAAUUCCUCUGCCUUACCCCCCAACACCCAGACACUGAUCACAGCCUCAGAGGGUGGCUGUCUGGCUGUGAGACCAAGUGGCGGGGUGGCCACACAGGACGUCAAGACCAUCCGAGCAGUGACUUUGCACCCAACCCAGAAAGCCGGCGGAAUCGUGAGAACAGUCCUUUCUCCCGGCAGCCUCACUGGCCUGGAACUGGGGCAGGGCUGUGCUCACAGCAGUUCUCUGCAGGCCACAGGUCCCUGGGGUGCCACCAUCUGCAUCUGGGACCUGCGAGUGGGGGCUCCGGCGAUGGUCCACAAGGAGCUGGCGGGCAGAGGCAACGUCAGCUGCCUCUGCUACUCGGCAUCUGGCCUCUUGGUAUCCGGCUCCCGCGACAAGGUGACCCACGCCUGGAAGCCUUCCUACAGCCCGCUUGUCCAGCUUAAGGGCCACAUCAGCGGGGUGAACAGUGUUCUCCCCUGCAAGCAGCAGCUGGCCAGUGCUGGCUACCUGGGAACGGCGACCUACCCGAGGAGCCCACACCUGAAUCUCCGACAGGAGGGCACCAAGGUCACGGCCGAAGCCAGCCCCUGCUGUGCCCAGUGCCCAGAACUCUGGGCUGACCCAAAGGGGGUCCCCGAGCGCACCGACGGGCAAAGGUACCUGGGCCCCAACCUCUCUUCCGCCCGGCAGAAGGCUCCUGGAAGGGCAGGUGCAGGCCCAAAGCAACCCUGCCAGCAGCCGUGGCCCACAGGGCAGGAAAGCUGA